GUAGUGUAGCCAUGACAGGUGGUGGGUGCGGGUGCGCACAGGAACAGCGCGAAGAGCUGCAGCAGCAGCAGCAGCAGCAGCAUAACGUGAACUAAGAGUCAGUUGUCAAUGAGUGUUGCAGGUGGGAGGUUGUGUUAUCUCCCUGGUUCCUCCCUCGAUUCUAACUGUUUAUUUAAAACGCUUGAUAUUCACCAGUUUAUAACUGAGAGAAUACGAGAGACUUUCAGCAGAAUAGUUGCCAAAUGGAAGCAGUUGACGACUGAUCGAAAUUCAUGGUAGCAGCAAGUGUCUAGAGUGAGAGUAGUGGAGAAGAUUCAUCUCUCGUGGGAUUUUUUUUAAUAUUGAGAUCAACUCGAUGUGUAACAUGAGUGAGGAGGGCGGGGAGCAGCGAGCCCCGCUUAUUGAAGAGACAUCUCAGCUGCUUAACCCAUUUGUUCACCGCCUUGAACUGAACACAGCCUAUGACAAGUUCAAGCUGGUGUUCAUGUCGAUCUUCGUGGUGCCAGUGCGGGUGUUGGGCAUCAUUAUGUGCCUGUUGAUAGCCUACAUACUGGCGUCUGCUGGCCUGUGGGGGCUCUCCCGGGAGGACCUUGCUGCCAGACCCAUGAACGGCUGGCGUCGGAAGAUUCGGUGGUAUAUGGGCCUUAUGGGUCGCAUGAUGAUGAGGUGCUAUGGCUACCAAUGGAUCAAAAUCAAAGGGCGCUUAGCAACCAAAGCCGAAGCUCCCAUCCUUAUUGUUGGGCCUCAUAGCAGUUUCUUUGAUGCCAUCGCAGUUUACUGGUCCAAUGUUCCAUGUCUGGUGAACCGCAUAGAGAACCUACAACUACCCCUCUUUGGCAAAUAUAUUGAUUAUACACAACCUGUGUAUGUCUGGCGAGAAGAUACAAAUUCUCGCCAAAAUACUAUCCAGGAAAUAAAGCGUCGUGCUACCAGUGAAGAAGAUUGGCCACAGGUAAUGGUCUUCCCAGAAGGAACAUGCACCAAUCGCUCAUGCCUGAUUACCUUUAAGCCUGGAGCAUUCUAUCCAGGAGUGCCUGUUCAACCAGUCAUCAUCCGGUACCACAACCGCACAGACUCUUUUACUUGGACUUGGGAUGGUCCUGGAGCAUUAAAAAUGCUUUGGGUAACACUUUGCCAGUUCCACAAUUUUUGUGAAUUGGAGUAUUUGCCUGUAUACACUCCCAAUGAGGAAGAAAAGCAAGAUGCCAAACUAUUUGCUAAUAAUGUUCGGCAAGUUAUGGCUGAUGCCCUUGGUGUUCCUGUGGCUGAUUAUACUUACGAUGAUUGUCGAUUAAUGUACAAGGCUAAACUCAAGAAUCUUCCCUGUCAAACUGGACUAAUUGAAUUUCAAAAACUUCGUCAUCGGCUUGGUUUGAAUUUGAAGAAUGUUGAAGAAAAACUUUUGAGUCAGUAUGCAGAUAUUGCCAUCAGUGAAGGAAAAAUCACACUCACAGACUUUGCAAAAUAUUUAGGCAUCCCUGAAUCCGAACCAGCCCUUGUUGAGCUGUUUAAGUUGUAUGAUAAGGACAACUCGAGUACCAUUGAUUUUCGUGAAUAUCUUGUAGGAUACUGUCAGUAAUUAAAGAGCCAGCCAACAAGAAGAAUAUCUCAAGUGGGGCUUUUAAAAAACUUUUUUGAUCGGGGGGGGGUAAAGGUCAUAUUUCUUCUUGAUGAUUUGUUUAAAGCUCUUCGAGCUUCCUUGGAUAUGACACCAGAAGAGACUACAAAACGAAUAUUUAAGCAAAGCCGAUCAAGAUAUUAAGGCUAUAUAACAUACGAGGACUUUCAAGCAUAUGCCAAGAGAAAGCCAGAGUAUGCAAAGAUCUUCCUAACCUACCAGGAGAGCAUUAAAAAUGGUACAAGACCACGACACAUUCACAACUCUCUCCUUGGCAAGAAAAAGAUUGAAUAAUCAAUUUCCACUAAAUAUUGUUUGUAUCUUUGCCUGCCAUCUCUUGAGUAAUAUAUGGUAAAAAGAUAUAGUGGAAUGAAAAAGUAUUUCAACAAUUUGAACAUUGUAUAUCAACUUAAGGCUAGUUUUUUAAAUAAUUGAACUAAAUUUUAUAAUUGGGUAAAAAUUAUAUGUGGGGGGAAAGGUGUACUACAGUGCUGUAAUAAUGUGCAGCACAAGACAAACUGGCAUAUUGUAUUUAGUAAUCAACAUGGUAUAUUUUUUCAUGAUUUAUUUCAAUCACUUAAAAUUAAAUUGUUUCUACAGUUUAGUUUCUCUUUUAAACUUUAGUAAGCUAAAAGCAAUGGCAACCCUUGCUAUCCAGUAACUGAUGUAGUACAGAUACAAUAUUAGUCGUAGUAAAUGUUAUUGUUUGUAACAAUUUCAGCUAUAAAUUUAACAUCAACACAGUAUCCCCCCCCCCCCCCAUAUUCAUGAGGGAUAAGUUCCAUGACCAACUGCAGAUACCCGAAACUGGAUAGUAGCAAACCCUAUAUACAAGUAGUUUUUUGUUUAUAUACAUACCUGUGAUAAAGUUUAAUUGAUAAAUUACGCACAAUAAGUCUAGAAUUAGGCCUUUUUCAGGUCUUGUUAAGUAUAGAGGGAUUGUAGAAUUAUUAAAAGUAUUGCAGUGAUUGUAAUUUUCAGUGGUAACUAUAGUAUUUCUUUAUAUUACUGUACUGCAUGUUAAACAUUUUGUCUUCAUAGAUAUUUGGUUUUGUUUUCCCAGCAUAUAAAGGUCAUGUUGGCUAAAUUUGGUGAAUAGUGACACAUACCCUAAAAGUAUCAGUGCACAGUAGACUUUCACCUAACAUAGUGUGUGUGUGUGUGUGUUAGUUACCAGUUACCAAAUUGUUAAAGGCACUUGUCAAAAGACAUUUGGCCUGUUAGUUGCUUGCUUGUGUGCGUGUACAUGCAUGUCUCCCACCGAGACAGGGUAACCCAAAAAAGUAACUCUUUCACCAUCGUUCACAAUAUCACUGUCUUGCCAGAAGUGAACAGAUACGGCAGUUCAGAUGUCUCUCCAAACAGCAGAUAUCCCAAACCCCUCCUGUGGAGUGCAGGCACUGUACUUUCCGCCUCCAGGACUCAAGUCCAGCUAACUGCCGGUGUCCCUGAAUCCCUUCACAAAAUAUUAACUUGCUCACACUCCUUGCUUUUUUUGGCUGCGCUCUCAAUCGCUCUCAUGCAAAUGACAUGACUGAAUUAUGAUAUGCUCCGUAGCAGUGUGGAAUUCUAAGUUUUCAUUUUUUUGUCUUCAUUUUGAACUUCACAGUAAUUCAUGUUUGCUGUGGCACAUUGUGAAUUGGUGGUUGAGGAAUAUAAACUUACGCUGAAAAUGGGUCAUCUGAAUAGCAUUAUAUGAGAGUCUACAGUACUACAUUUCUUGCUGGAUAUUGAAUGUCAAAUAUUAAUAUAUAUUUUUUAAGCCCUUAAGAAAUAUUUAUAACUUGUUUAAUUACUAAUAAAUCAUCAUAUCUUUGAUAUGAUGAUUUAGUAGUUGCAUUCAGUUUCACAAAUGAUUUUAGCAUUCUCUAUUAAUAUAUCUUAAAAAUACAUAGUAGAACUGAGAUAUAUGCAUAAAAGUUACUGUAGGAUUAAUAGUGAGCUCCUCCAAGGUGUAAUUCUGAAAUUUAAAGUAGCCUCUGAAAUCUUGCCAUUAAUUUAUAUUAUGGCUGUGAGCUUUAUAACAUUGUCUUAUAUUGUAGCAACAACAGUACCUAUCUUGUCUUGCCUGGUUAUGAAUAAAACCCAUAGAAAAUAUGAAUGUGUAUUCUGAAAAUAUUUAGAAGAUAGGCCUGCUUCUAAUACUGUGACUCUGUGAGGUGGCUAGGUACAUCAGCUCAUUAUAAGGCUAGAACAAGUAACAAAGUAGUUAUCUACCUCCUCCUAAUAAAGUAUAGGUGUCCAAAAUAUUUAUGGUGCCAAAAUAUUAAUGUAUUAUAAUUCAGAUUGCCUGUAAGAAAUUAAUGCUAUGCAUGUUUGUAUCAUGUUAAAUAUGGGGUGUUGCAUGGCAGACAAAGAAUAAGCGCUAAAUUCACACAGUGGAGAAAAAUGCAGGUAUGGGGGAGAUUGGAGCUACAAAGAUUAAGUUACCAUAUUUUAUUAUGAGGCUGUGAGCCUAACUUACAGAUGCAGAUGAUGAUAAUAUCCACUCAUUCCCACAAACAGAUGACACAAGGAAUCAAUUCUUCCACUGACUCGGAUUUUGGCUGUGGAGGCGUUUAUUCUUUGUUGCUGCACAGUGCCUCGUAUAUUUAAUAAUUAGCUGUGAUAUGCUAGCCAACAAAAUCUUAGUUUGGCAUAUGAAUGCACUUAUUUAUAUAAUAGAUAAUAUUAAAACAAUGUAGUAUUUCUAUAAUAAUUUAAUUUUUUACUUUGAAAAAAUAUUUUCCCAGUAUUCAUUAUUAAUUUAUAAUUUUUACUGAUAAAUAUAUAAGGUGCACCCUUCACAAACUCAGUAAAUGCCACUUUCAAAAAACUGAAUUGUAAGUGGCUGCUGGCAUAGAUGUGUGCAAAUCCUGUGCUCCUAUUGACAGAGAGCUGAGACUUGUUUUCCGUGGGUUGACUAUUUCAUAGAAUUUUCUAUUCAAACUAUGCUCAAGCUACUAAGGUCAAGGAUGUCAUUUUCAAGGCAAUCUUACUUUGAGUCUCAGUGCCGAUAGACAAGGAGAAACCAAACAAAACAAUAAAGUGAGAAUAUGUUUUCAGAAACAAGAGCACACUUUUGUCUGGGAUGGCACUUGCUGAGUUUAUGCAGGGGAUACCUCACAUAUAUAUUUGCAGAACUUUUUCCAGUUUUACUUCAUCCUUAAAAAUAUUUUGCACUAUGUUAACAAAUAAUAACUGUUUCUAUUACUGGUAAUAGUUUUGGUUUAUUGUGUAAAAAUUAAUUAUAAAAUUUGUGUUACAACUGUGACUGCAUAGUAGUUUAGAAGGCAGUCUUUGUACCAUCCUUCAACUGACAUCAGUUAGUUGUACCAGGUUACAAAACAGUUUACCUGGUUAUUAGAUAUGUGCUCAGUACCAUAUAGAUAUAUUAAGAGGAUCUUAUUGCAUAGACAUUUUAUCCUAAGCUUAAAAUGAAAAUUUAAUUGUGGAAUAAUCCUUUGCUAUAUGUUUAUAAAUUGUAGAGGCAGAAUAACUAAUUUUAAAUGAGAAAAAGACAAUUGCUCCUUUUAAAAAGCAUCUGUGCCCAAAAUUUGGAGACAGAUGUUUUGUCACAACUUGCCAGUUUGUAUUGAUUGUAGUAUUUUAUAUUUUGUGAGUAUUUUUUGCAUAUUUUUUAUAACUUUAGUACAGUACUGUGAUAUAGUGUGGCACCACAAAUCCAACAUGAUCUGGGUCAAGUUCUUGGCUGGAUGCUUUUUUUUUUUUUUACGAAGCCUUAACUAAGCAACUUGUGCAGAUUCACCAAAAAAAAAAAAAAACUUCCACACUUUUUGACUGGUUCAUUUAAAAAGGUAUAAUCACACUACAGUUUGGGAGGGGGGGGGGUAUUUUAUUUAUAAGGUUAAAUUUCUGACUUGGGUCUUAGUAAUAUGAAAAUCCACUCAGUGAAGCUUUAGCUCAUAAGACAGUUCUUCUGUUGGCUUAUUAGUCUACCCCAUAAAAUUUUAAUACAGGUCUCCCUCAACAUUCACAUUUUCAACUUUCAUGGGCUUCACACAUUCGCGAAUUCCCAACCGCCAAAUUCCCAGCCACCAAAUUCCCAGCCGCCAAAUCA